AUGACAUCUCAAGAUCAAAAUUCGGGUUUCCGUUCAGAUGAUAAUGGUCAGUCGAGCUUCCUUGGGAAGCUUCUGACUAUUGAUUCAAAGCUGGGGAACCAAGAUGUGGAGGGCUUAAAGUUUCUCUGCCGAGACUGCAUCUCCCACAGGCAGCUGGAGAAGUCCAGCUCGGCCUCAGACAUAUUUGAUCAUCUAUUGGAAGAGGAGCUGCUGAGUGAGGAAGACCCCUUCUUCCUAGCGGAACUCCUCUACAUAAUCAAGCAGAAAUCGCUGCUGCGGUACCUCAACCAAAGCAAAGAGCAAGUGGAGAGUUUGCUGCCUACCCGAGGGAGGGUCUCUCUGUUCAGAAACCUGCUCUAUGAACUGUCAGAAAGCAUCGGCUCAGAGAACUUAAAGGACAUGAUCUUCCUUCUGAGGGAAUCGAUUCCCAAAAUCCAGAUGACCUCUCUAGGUUUCCUGGCAUAUCUGGAGAAACAAGGUCUAAUAGAUGAAGAUAAUCUGAGGUUACUGGAGGAUCUCUGCAGAAGAGUUGUACCUAACCUUAUGAGAAAGAUAGAAAAAUAUAAAAGAGAGAAAGCCUCCCAGGUAGUGACACCUCCAGUAGACAGAGAACCUGAGUCAUUGCAUCAAAGAGAGGAAGAACCAUUUUCCCGUUCAGACAUUGAAGAGUUGUUAGAAGCCUUACCAAAGGGUUCCUGGCAAGAUCAGCCUUCAAGGAGUAAUGAAGGCAAGUGUGUACAGGAUGGAUCGGAAACACAGAGGCCACUGUGUUGUUGUCAAUAACCACAAAUUUACCUCAAUGUUGGAUAGACCAGGGACUGA